AUGUCUAGCCUCUUCACCAGCUCCCGUAGCUCCUCCAAGACGCGCUGGGUCCCCGGUCAUGCCCCGUCCGACUCCGAGGCCGACCUCCUCCCAAAGGUGAACGGCGUGCCCGCCAGGAGCGGCCUCUGGUUCACGCGUCGAUACACGAAGCUCGCCGUCGCGUUCCUCAUUGGCCUCGCGCUCUUCUGGGCAGUCAUCUCGCUGGGCACGAACUACUGGCGGUGGCGCGAUGCACCCGUCGUUUCUGCUGUACUCCCGGACCCCAUAGUACGGAUGCCGCCGGAUUAUGCCAGGUUCCACGAAUACGAGCUCCAGACAUCGGAGCAGAAUGGAGACUUCGCUGACACGAAAUAUAUGUUCUUUGCCAAUCAUGCACGAAACAGUGGCUGGGGUAAUGUCAUGCAAGAACUACUUCUGCAGGCAUUGCUGGCACAUCGCAUGGGUAGAACAUUUGUGUACUAUAAUUAUACAUGGCGGGACGACGGCUCACAAAUCUCCUACUUCGACGACAAACCCAUACCCUCGACGAUUCCCCUCUCAGCGCUCCUGCAGGGACCGAUGCUCGGUGCCCCGUCAGUAACCGACCCUUCCGCGGCACGACCGUUCGCCGUCACGGAAGACUACUACCGCAGAGUCUGCCCGGAAGGCGAGCGCAAGUACAUUCGCACGGAAGAGGUCUCGUCGCGCCUCGGCGGCAAGGUCCCCACCGCCGCGAACAUGAUCGAGAAGUGGGUGGAGGUCUUCGGCGACCUCCCCGACAAAUGCGUCGAAAUCCCGCACGACGCGCCGUCCAACUUUGACAUCUUCAUCUUCGGCGACGCGAGCCGACUGCUCGACGUCUGGCCCGUGCUCUCCACGUCGCCGAUCCUCCAAGAAUUCGCCUGGUCCCCGCUCGUCGAGCUCGCCUUCGACCAGAACCGCGAAGCCUUCGCGCCCACGCACGUCUACGUCCCGCCGCUCGGCACGCAGCCCCUGGUGGCCCCCGCGCGCGGCUCCGGCGCGCCCUCGCCGAGCGCGGCGCGGUACGCGGCGAUCCCGGGCCUGCUCGCGUUCCACAUCCGGCGCGGCGACUUCGCGGAGCACUGCGCGAACCUCGCGCGCUGGGGCUCCGCGUACGUCGGGCACAACGCGUUCCCCGCGCUGCCGGACCGGUUCGGCUACCCCCCAGACACGACGGACGACGAGCGCGUCGCGCUGCAGCGCCCGCACUGCUUCCCGAACAUGGCGAGAUCGUGCGGCGGCGGUGGAGGAGCGCGCGGGGGCACGGGCGGCGGGCCGGCCGGAGCUGGUGGACAUGUAUUUAUGACGAACGCGCCGGGGGAGUGGGUGGACGAGCUCCGGGAGGCGGUGAGGGCGACGGGCGGGUGGAGGACGGUCGCGAGCAGUAGGGAGCUGGAGGUGAAUUGGGAGCAGAGGUUCGUGAAGCAGGCGGUGGAUAUGCUGAUCGGGCAGCGGGCAGAGGUGUUCGUGGGCAACGGGUAUUCGAGCUUGUCGGGGCUCGUCACGAUGUUCAGGAUGGCGAACGGCAUCCCGCCCGCGCAAAAUCGACUCCUCUGA